CGGCAAGCGAGUAGACACAUGUUCGUUUGCAGUCACCUUAGGCCGCUAUUUUAAUUUUAAUUUUUAGUCCCCUCAAAACCGAGGAGAGAGGGUACCCAAAAUACUUUCCGCGAGUCAGGUCCCCUGCAGCGUCUGGAGGAAAGUUUCGCUGGGGUGCAGGUCCUUUCCGACGCCCAGUCCUGGGCGUUUUCGGGAACUUGUUCGCCUUAGUGUCCCGAGGGCUGACGAGGUCCACACACGUCGCGGCAGGGGGAGUCCCUGUUUGCCCGUGUUGGUGGUCUCCUUUUAUACCCGCGUGCCAAUUGGGCCCAGUGAAAUUGAAAGCAGACCUUAAAGAGAGAAAAAGGAAGGGAAAGGAAAAAUUUGCCCUCUGAACUGAGGAAGUAAAAAUGUUUUCUAGGCUUCUGUAUGUAGUGUAUCUUAUUUUAUUCAACGUCUGAGGCCCAGGAGAUCCAUGAUGUAAUCUUUAGAAAAGAAGAGAAAAACAUUUUGAGCAAGUAAGAGCCAAUCUAGAAUCUGAAUAUGGAGAUCCUGGCAGCUCAGUACCUCUCCGUGAUGCAGCAUCAUGACAGAGAAGCUUUUCCCAAAGAUUAUGAUAUAGAGGGUCCUGAGAAAGUGAAAAAACUGUGCAAUUCAACAUAUUGGAGACUCGGAACUGAUGAACCUCCAAUUUGGAUGUCAGAAACACAGGAACAGAUGUCACAAGUUUUUUUAAAAAGAGAAUUGGCUGAAAUAAAGAGCAAGGCCUUAUUAAAUGAGGAAGCCCUGUGCUCUGGGAUGAUCGAAAGGAACACUGGAUUACCUGCCACGGGCUUUGGGGCUGUCUUUACUAGACAUCCACCAGACCAGGGCAAAAUGUAUGAUUUGACAACAUACAAAGAAGAUUAUGCUCCACCCUAUGAGUAUCAACCACGUGGUUAUGCCUGUCAAGAUGGUUACUCAAUAGUUCACAGAAAGUGCCGUUCUCAGUUCACAGAUCUAGAUGGUUCCAAAAGACUUGGCAUAAACACUUGGCAUGAUGAGAGUGGAAUUUAUGCUAAUUCAGAUGUGAAACAAAAAUUCUACACAUUGACUGGUGGUCCCAUUGUCCCCCAUUUAAAAUAAUAUAAGAAUCGGAUUCUCUAAUAAUGCAGGAAGAGUGAAUGUUAAUGAUUUCCUAUAUUAAUAAAAACAAUGAAAGUAGGUUCCUUUAAACUCAGAAUCUUAUGUUCUAGACCAGUGUUUAUAUUUUUAUUUUCAUAAACUACCCAAGUGUUUGCUAAAAUUUGUUAUUUAGCGGUUAAGCUUAUGAUUGCUUGGCAUGUGGCUAAUUUUUUUAAAAGUGAGGCAAUUUAAAUUCUAUUUAAAGAAAUUUUUUCCUUUUAAAAAUUUUAACUGACGCAUAGCAAUUGUGCUUAUUUGUUUUACCUUUCCAUGUUUCAAUACAAGUAUGCAAGAAGAAGAGGAGGGAAGAAAGAGAGAUAGGAGAGAAGGAAGAGGGGAGAUAAAAAAGGAGGAAGAGAGGGAAAGAAGGGAGAGGAAAGAGAGAGAUUUUUGGGGUAUCUGUAGAUUUUUAAUUCUCUGUGGGCUCUUGUUGCACUGUAUUUAUUCAGGGUGAUUUUUUUCUUAUUCCAGACAAAUUCUUUUGAGUAUGUGGGAUAGCAAGGAGGCAGACAAUGAAAUUUUAGUGACACUUUAGGAGUGUGAUGGGAAAUCCAGUCAUCAGUGUUAGAUUUGGAAGAUAUUGUAAUGGCUUUUCUGACCUACCUCUCAUUUUUCAGAUGAGCAAACAGCAGCCCACAGAAGUUGAAGCAGGUUGUUAUAGUAGUCAUCUGGGGCUCCCAUAGCAAAUGCCAUAGACUUGGUAGCUUAAAAACAGAAAUGUAUUUUCUCACAGUUUCAGAGGUUGAAAAAUCCAAGAUUAAAUUUCUGGCAGGUUUAGAAGAGGUAGUUAUAAUUGUAUUUACCCUACUGAGGUUUAGAAAGAAUACUAGAACUUAUUCCUCAUUUCUAACUAUAUUUUAGUUUCUGGCAAGGGCUCUAUUUCUGGUGAUUGGCUGUGUCACCUUAUUGUGAAAGAAGAGUAGAGUGGGAAGAUCUCUUUGUCUACUUUUUUUUAUAAGGCGACACUCUCAGAUUAGGUCUCUACCCUCAUCACCACAGUUAAUCUUAAUUACCUCCUAAAGACUCUGUCUCUAGGAAGUCACAUUGGGGAUUAACGUUCCAACAUAUAAAUGUGGGGAAGACAUAAUCUUCUCCAUAGCAGUUGUCCAGGAUUAUAGAAAUAACAGAUUCUGGUUGAUCUUUGAGGUGUAUUAGAAUUUUUAUUUCUAUUCAGGAUGAGUCUAAUUAUUUAAUCAAUCUAGGUGUCAUUUGCUCUCAUUGUUUUUCUUUAAAAAUUAAUUCAUGAAAUACUAUUUUAUGACAAAUGCUAAUUGAGCACUGCCUCCAAUUUUUGAUUGAUAAGACAUGGGAAAGACCGUAAGCUUUAUGGGGAGAGAAAUGAUAAUUAACUUAAAAAUGUAGUAUGACAGGUAAGUCUUCAACAGCAGAAUUUUACUAUAAUUUCUUACUGCUUUAGAGAGUGUCUGGAUACACAUACAAUAUAUAUGUUAUAUAUACAAAAGUAUGUAUAUUACACCCAUUAAAAUAUAUAUCUGUACAGUC